AUGGCGAGUUCGGUCCAGAUCCGUGAGCUAGUAGCCCUGCAUUCGUACUCAAUUGUGCUGGCUGAUCAAAAUGAAGCGUGGAGGUACUUGGAAAAGUUAAGCGUGGAGGAUGUGACUGGCGAUGGAAGGCGCGGUUUCCUGAUUCGUUUCUAUUUCUACGGGCAUCCAGUUUUACGAAACCAAGUUUUAACGAAGGAGUAUAUCGUGGUUGCUUAUGGUGAUUUGCUCCUCAAGGAAACAGCUAGUGGCACCAUUAGGUGGCCACCAGGUAGACAACCACCCGCGGUAAAUCUUGAGGAUAAAACAGGACAACGGAUGGGAAACGGCUAUGUGCACCGGUCAUUCCUCGACUGGUUCACAGAUGGUCCCACGUCGAGGAUAGAUCAAGUACUGCAAAUGUUGGAUUAUUACUUUCCAUUUUUGAUCGAGGCUGAGAGACGGCGUUAUGAGAACGCAGAAGAGGAUCUGGAUCUUACGUUUAUGACGGAUGAUGAGGAGAAUGACAGUGGAAUAGGGUUGGAUGAUGAAUAUGAGAUGAAUUCAGACUCAGAAUGA